CACGCGUUACCGACAGUUUCGACAGACGGUGAAACUCACGCAGAGAUUCAAACAAACACGAAACACACUUUACACCGAUACACUGCGGGUGUAUUUGCUGAACAUACGACGGAGCCUUAAUUUAAACACAUUAUAGUUCUGACAUUUAAUCGUAUUUGUGGAUAAUUCAGCUGUUGAAGGCCUCAGGAUUCGUGUUUUUUUCCCCAGGUAAGAAGCGCGAGCGCUUCCUGAAACCUGCAGAAGUGGCAUCAUGUCUUCUCACCCGCGUCGUGUCCGCCUGAAACCGUGGCUCGUCGCUCAGGUGGAUAACGGGACGUUUCCGGGUCUCAUGUGGCUGGACCGUGACGCCAAACGUUUUCAGAUUCCAUGGAAACACGCGACGCGUCACACUCCGCAGCAGGAGGAGGAGAACACCAUCUUUAAAGCGUGGGCUGUGGAAACCGGUAAAUAUCAGGAAGGUGUUGACGAACCGGAUCCGGCUAAAUGGAAAGCUCAACUGCGCUGCGCGCUCAACAAGAGUCGAGAGUUUAACCUCAUUUACGAUGGAACUAAAGAAGUGCCCAUGAAUCCACUGAAGAUCUACAAUGUGUGUGAUAUUCCUCAAACGCUCAGUAACCCAGGUUCAGUCCCGACAUAUGAGACUGAUGGUGAUGAUGAUGACGUUCCCGACACCCCAGAGCCCCCUCCUCCAUACCCACCCCACGGGAUGAAUUCUCCGCUGGCUCCGGUUUGGACUCCUCCUGGUUCCGUCUCACCGAUGCAGCCGCCCAGUUGCCCGCCUCCUUCUGUGGAGGCGUGGCUUAAGAAAGAGCCGCAGGACGUAGAGAUGCAGGCUCCGCCCAUGGAGCUGCAGACGCCCGUUACGCUGAUGAACACCUUCUUUGAAACGCCAGAGACGUGGAUCAGCUCUCUACCCAUGACUGAUCUAGAGGUGCAGUUUUAUUACCGCGGUAAAGAGGUGUGCCCUCCGGCCAUCGUGAGUAACCCGCAGGGCUGUCGGCUGUUUUACGGUGAUCUGGGACCGAUGAUGAAUCAGGAGGAGUUGUUCGGUCCCAUCAGUCUGGAGCAGGUGCGAUUCCCCUCCACCGAACACAUCAACAACGAAAAACAGCGUCUGUUCACGAGCCGUUUGCUGGACGUGAUGGACCGCGGGCUGAUCCUAGAGGUGAACGGGCACGACAUCUACGCCAUACGACUGUGCCAGUGUAAAGUGUACUGGUCCGGACCCUGCGCCCCCAAUCCAAACGCGCCAAACCUCAUCGAACGCCAACGCAAGGUCAAACUCUUCUGUCUGGAGUCGUUCCUGAGCGGAGUGAUCACUCAUCAGCGCGGUCAAUCGUCUGAACUGCCUCAGUUUGACAUUCAUCUGUGUUUUGGGGAGGAGUGGCCCGACGAGAGACCCAGAGAAAGAAAGCUCAUCAUGGUACAGGUCGUUCCAGUGGUCGCGCGUAUGAUCAGCGAGAUGUUUUCAGGCGACUGCACGCGUUCGUUUGACAGUGGAAGUGUCCGUCUGCAGAUCUCGGUUCCAGACAUCAAAGACAACAUCGUGACGCAACUCAAACAACUUUAUCGACUCCUACAGACGCCGUAGUGAAAUGUUAGCGGAUAUGAAGUAGAUUAUAAUCUGUGCUCACGUCCCAGCGACUGUUGGAGUGAGUUUAGCGUGUAAGCGACUGUUAAUCAUCAGCCAACGCGAGACGCUUUAAACCUCUAAAGGAAUAUUACAGAUGUGCUUUUAUCAUUAUCAGCUGUGCAUAAUAUUGCUUUCUCAUGAGCUUUUAACUUUCUGAUUAUUAAUGUAUGUUUUACUGCAGUUAAUGACACAUUUAAUCGCUGCUUAAUGUGGUUAAUUCUGCACUUUGGGGUAAAUAUAAUCUAGUUUUUAACCGUACUAUAUAUCUGACGUCUCAGACGGACAUUCAUGUAGAUUUCCGUAAUAUGUUUUUUGGAUUUA